UUUCUUUCUAGUGCUUCAUCAGGUAGUUAAUGCUGGGGGUGGUGGUGAGAAUUAAUAGCUUUUUCACCCUGCCUCCUUUUGCCUCUACUUUUUCUGAAUAUAAAUAACAACAAAAGGAAAAGGAUUGUUAACCCAGGACUUUGUAUGACAUGGAUUCAGAAUCCUCUCAACAAAAAUAUGAAAUACCUAGAAAGCCAGACUAUAACAAAGGACCAAAUGAAGAUGAAGACAUAGUUGCAGAGAUCACGGGACGACGUUUCUGUCCUUCUUUGAUAACCACCCAUACUUGGGAAGAAUUCAAUUUUGCUGGCCACAGGAUCAAGAUUACAGAAGCUACAGACAGUUAUGGAGCUGUGGUUUGGCCUUCGGCUCUUGUUCUGUGCUAUUUUUUGGAAACAAAUGUGAAGCUUUGUAACUUGGUUGACAAAAAUGUUAUUGAAAUUGGAGCUGGAACGGGCCUUGUGUCUAUAGUAGCCAGUUUGCUAGGUGCUCAUGUAAUUUCCACUGACUUGCCAGAAAUGCUAGGAAACCUUCAGUACAAUCUUCUCAGAAAUACAAAACUGAAAUGCAAACAUGAGCCUCAGGUGAAAGCUUUGGUCUGGGGGGUGGACCUGCAGAAGAAUUUCCCCAGAUCUUCAUCUCAGUUUGACUACAUAUUGGCCGCUGAUGUUGUAUACAACCAUCCUUACCUGGAGGAGCUGCUUCUAACCUUUGAUCAUUUGUGUAUGGAUAAUACCACCAUCAUCUGGGUCAUGCGGUUCAGACUGGAAAGUGAAAACUGGUUUGUGGACCAAUUCAAAAAAAUGUUCCAUCUGGAAAUUAUUUCUGAUUUUCCUAGUUUAAAUAUAACCCUGUUUAGAGCAAAGAGGAGGCCAAAACAACUCUAAUGAAUACAUCCUACCUGUUGGUUAUUGAUAAUUACCCAGUUUAAUAGAAAAGAAUAGAAUUAUUUAUUGGCCAAGUGUGAUUGGACAUACAAGGAAUUUGUCUCCAUAAGCUCUCAUUGUACAUAUAAGCAACAAGUGAUAAAUUAUGAUCAUAAAUAAAAAAAUACAAUCAUCAUAAAUCAUAAGAUAUAACAUUCUGUGAUAGUCAUAGGUUACUAAAUAAGCAAUCAACAUAAAUUCUAAGAUACAACCAACAAGGUUAUAGGAAGCUAAGGAAAUACGUAAUAGGAUCAAAAUCAAGCGUGUUAAUUUGCUUGAUUUUCCAGUUCUGAAUGUGCAAAGUUGCUGGAGUACUCAAAUAUUUUAUUUCUUAUCAACAUUUCAGUUCAACAACAGAUCCAGACUACUGUGAUGAUUAUUAUAAAACUAAAAUUUAGUUGCAUGAUUUUAUAUGAAUAAAUUAUGAGCUGUCAGGUUAACCUUACAUUCUCAAUUGAUAUUUUGAUUAUUUCAAGGGUGGCAGGUUAACCAGCUGUGAUAAAGUAGAGAGAGGUGGUUGCUUCAGGCAACACAUAUUGUGCGUGCAGAAAAGUGGGUGACAUGGUAGCUGUGUGUCUUUAGUUCUGAUAACUGCUAUUCCGUUGAUAAUGCCUAAGGAAGACUCAAUUGCCUGCCUUAUCAACUUUUAUUUGUUUAUUAAAUUUAUAUGCAAAGCUUGUCAUGUUUUCUGGAAAGGAGUAGGGGGUAAUGGCUAAUUCCCAUUAAGUAAUACCCAGGACCGAAUUUUAAUAUUUGUAAUAGUUAUAGUUAUAGUGCUUGUCAGG